UUCCUGAAGAAAAGAAAGCAUUCUCCUUCCCCUUGAGCAGCGCAACGCAGGUUUCUGACUUCCCCUUCUCCUCAUUCAGAAUUUCAAAUACAGCCCCCACCUUCCAAAACACAAAUCCUAGGUUACUCCCUUACCGUUGCAAGGGUCUUACUCAGUGCUGUCGUCCAUUGCGCUUAGACACCACCGUGUCUUUAUCUAGUCGUCUGUGUCUCCGCCCUUCCUCAUUUCCCAAAACACAACCCUAGCUUAUAAUAAUCUUCCCCACCGUCACAAGGAGUGAGACUCAGCGCUGGCGUCGCAUCUGCUCGAAGGUGCCGUCCCUACUGCUUGUCUACUACUCGAAGGCACCAAAUCCCUUCUUCUGCUACAAAUCCCUCUCCCUCAUAUUUUGCCACUUCUCCGCAUUGCAAACAUAAGACUGCCACUUCUUCAUACUUUGCCUGUUCGAAGACCACCGAAGGGUCGAAUUUGAUUGGAUCCAUUCAAGUGUUGCCACCGUCACUACCUCUGUUUCUUGCUUAAUCUGAAUCUUCCCAUCUCAAAUCUCAAACCCCCAAUAAUUUCAUCAAAGUCUCGAUCUUUUCCCUUUUCCACAUAAACCCCACUUCUCCAUUUCUUCUUUGCGAGCUACGAUGUCAAUGUUUCUACAUCAAAGAAGCUUGCACAAUGCCUUUUCGAACCCAUUUGCCGCUCCACCACCUUCCUCCGCCAAUUCCAAGAGACCCAUCUCCAUUCUCAACCCAGCGACACUCUUGGUCCUCCUUUGCCUCGUCAUGGUGGUGGGUGUCUUCAGCCCCUGGGUCACUAUCCCCCAUGGAAUCUUCUCAGUUUCCAAGCCUGCUGUUUCAAAGUGGAACUCAUACACAUUGGACCAAGCUCUCUCCUUUGUGGCAAAAAAUGGAACUGUCAUAGUUUGCAUUGUGAGUCAGCCUUACUUGCCGUUUCUCAACAACUGGUUGAUCAGUAUCACAAGGCAGAACCGCCAGGAUAUGGUUCUUGUCAUUGCUGAGGACUAUGCUUCACUCUAUAAGGUUAAUGAGCGUUGGCCUGGCCAUGCUGUUCUUAUUCCACCUGUGCUUGAUGCUGAAUCUGCUCAUAAGUUUGGAUCUAAGGGUUUCUUCAACUUCACGGCCAGAAGGCCUAGCCAUCUUCUGAAGAUUUUAGAGCUCGGAUAUAGUGUAAUGUAUAAUGAUGUUGAUAUGGUCUGGUUGGGGGAUCCAUUGCUUCAGUUAGAAGGGAAUCAUGAUGUGUACUUUACAGAUGAUAUGAUUCCGAUCAAACCACUAAACCAUUCUCAUGCUUUACCGCCACCAGGAAAAAAGGGCCGCCCUUACAUAUGCAGUUGCAUGAUUUUCCUUCGCCCUACGGGCGGAGCAAAGCUAGUCUUGAGAAAGUGGAUCGAGGAACUUCAGAAUCAACCAUGGUCUAGAACCCAGAAAUCAAAUGAUCAACCUGCUUUUAACUGGGCUUUGAUGAAGACAGCUAAAGAGGUGGAUUUAUACUUGUUGCCGCAGGCAGCUUUUCCUACAGGUGGGUUAUAUUUCAAGAACAAGACAUGGGUUAAGGAAACUAAAGGAAAGCAUGUGAUCAUUCACAAUAACUAUAUAGUAGGUUUUGAGAAGAAGAUAAAGCGAUUUCGCGACUAUGGCCUCUGGUUGGUGGAUGAUCAUGCUGAUGAAUCCCCUCUUGGUAGAAUAUGACCCUUAGAUGUCUCGAGUUUAUUGUCGGAUUUUGUUAGAGCAUUUCUUUUCGGAAAUUAGAACAUGGUUUCUGCCAAUUCAUUCAUCCUUCUAUCUGGUGGAGGGUUGAUGAAGACAUCCGAACUCUUGCUAUCAACAUGUGCUGCACCCAUACCAGCCGACAAACGAUUCCUUGGCAGACAAAGUUUGUGUUUCAUUUUUGUGCGGAAAAAGGUGCUUCAAAGAUGCUGGAUUGUAUUACAAGUCCAUAGAAGAGAAGGAUAGAAUGUAUUUGGUUCUUGUAGUUGGACU